AUGAGCAUCUCUGGAAGCAGUUGUGGAAGCCCUAAUUCUGCAGAUACAUCAAGUGACUUUAAGGAACUUUGGACAAAACUAAAAGAAUACCAUGAUAAAGAAGUUCAAGGUUUACAAGUAAAAGUAACCAAACUGAAAAAGGAACGAAUUUUAGAUGCGCAAAGACUAGAAGAAUUUUUCACCAAAAACCAACAACUGAGAGAGCAACAGAAAGUUCUUCAUGAAACCAUUAAAGUUUUAGAAGAUCGGUUAAGAGCAGGAUUAUGUGAUCGCUGUGCAGUAACUGAAGAACAUAUGCGGAAAAAACAGCAAGAGUUUGAAAAUAUCCGACAACAGAAUCUUAAACUUAUUACAGAGCUUAUGAAUGAAAAGAAUACUCUACAGGAAGAAAAUAAAAAGCUUUCUAAACAACUGCAACAGAGAAUUGAGAGUGAUCAGCAGCAUCAAGCAUCUGAACUUGAAUCUGAGGAAAAUAGUAUUCCAGAUUCACCAAUAACAGCUUUUUCAUUUUCUGGAGUUAACCGAUUACGAAGAAAGGAGAAUCUCCAUGUUCGAUAUGUAGAACAAAUACAUACUAAACUGGAGCACUCUGCAUGUACAAAUGACUUGAGAAAAGAUCCGAAGUCUUCAGCUCAUCCACUGCAUAACCCUAAUGAAAGUGAAAUUCUAGUGACUGAUACCUGCAAUCAAAGUCAAUCUCCCAUGGCUAAAACAUAUGGGACAAGCAGUUACUCUACUGAUAAGUCAUCUUUUAAUUUAGCUACAGUUGUUGCUGAAACACUUGGACUUAGUGCUCAACAAGAAACUGAAUCUCAAGGCCCUAUGAGCCCUCUUGAUGAUGAGCUCUACCACGGUCUUGAAGGAGAUGACAAGAAACAACCCUUUGAAGAAUCCACAAGAAAUACUGGAGAUGGUUUAAGAUUUCCAGGUUCUACUUCAAAGACUCCUCCCCAAGAAGAACUGAUUACUCGGGUAUCAUCGCCUGUGUUUGGAGCCACCUCUAAUGUGAAGAAUAGUUUAGGUUUUAAUACCACUUUAUCACCUUCUCUUCUUGAGUUUGGGAAAAAAAAACAUCUGAAAAUAGCCCCUUUUAAUAACACUUCUAAUUCUAGACCAGAGAAAAUUAGAUCAAAAUCUGAAAAUAGUGGCCUUUUCUUGCAGCAUGAUCCUGCAUCUAAAGUGAUCUUUAGCCAGUCGUGUUCUAAUAAACAGGUGUUUGUAAAUAAAAGUGUAACUGAAUCCAUAGGUUCACAAGAUAGUACCAAUCCAAUUAAAGAUGCCAAUACUGAUAAACAUUUAGUGCUCCUGAAACCAUUUGGAAGCAGAAUAUCCAAAAGAAAGAAAACUGAGGAAGAAAAUGAGCAUGAAGUAAGCUGCCACCAAGCUUCAUUUGACAAAGAAAAUGCAUUCCCUUUUCCAAUGGAUAGUGACUUGUCCACCAGAGGGGACUAUGUGAUGGAUAAACCGCUGGACCUGUCUGAUCGGUUUUCAGCUAGUCAACGUCAAGAGAAAAGCCAAGGAAGCGAGGCCUCUAAGAACAGACUUAGGCAAGUGACUCUCUAUGAGGCUUUGAAACCCAUUCCAAAGGGUUCUUCCUCGAGUCGUAAGGCCUUGAAUGGGAGCUACGUGCUAGCAAAAGAUUCCCUAGAGGAUCCCUGUUUACAGGAAUGCAUCCUUCAGUCCUUGAGCAAAUCCGCUCCAGAUAGUAAAACACCAUUACAAAUAAAAGAAGAAAACCCUGUCUUCAAAAUUCCUUUACAUCCACGUGAAAGUUUGGAGGCGGAGAAUCUUUAUGACGACAUGAAGGGUGCUACUUCUCAGGAGUCACUGAAAAUGAAAACCAGGUCAGUCCACGGAGCCUGUGAACUUACCUCGGUUCUUCAGUUAAAUCCAUGUAGAAUUGCCAAAAUAAAGUCGCUACAAAACAGCCAAGAUACAUCAUUUGAAAAUAUCCAGUGGAGUAUGGAUCCAGGAGCAGACCUUUCUCAGUAUAAAAUGGAUGUCACUGUAAUAGAUACAAAGGAUGGCAGUCAGUCAAGAUUAGGAGGAGGAGAGACAGUAGACAUGGACUGUACAUUGGUUAGUGACACCGUGCUUUUAAAAAUGAAGAAGCAAGAGCAGAAGGGAGAACAAAGUCCAAAUGGAGAAAGAAAAAUGAAUGAUAGCUUGGAAGAUAUGUUUGAUCAGACAACACACGAGGAAUACGAAUCCUAUUUGGCAGAUAACUCCCCCCAAGUAGCAGAUGAAGAGGAAGAAUUGUCAACUACCACAAAGGAACCAAACAGUAAUGGUGAUAAAUAUGAUAAAAUCAAACAGAAAGCGUUUGUGGAGCCGUAUUACAAAGAUGAUGAAAGGGAAUCUAGCUUACAAAACUUUCCUCAUAUUGAGGUGGUUCGGAAGAAACAAGAGAGAAAAAGACUGCUUGGACAUACAUGUAAGGAAUGUGAAAAUUACUAUGCAGAUGUUCCAGCAGAAGAAAGAGAAAAGAAGUUGACUUCCUGCUCAAGACACAGAUUCCGCUACAUUCCACCCAACACACCAGAGAAUUUCUGGGAAGUUGGUUUUCCUUCUACUCAAACUUGUGUGGAAAGAGGUUACAUCAAGGAAGAUCUUGAUCCCUGUCCACGUCCAAAAAGACGGCAGCCUUACAACGCAAUGUUUUCUCCAAAAUGCAAGGAGCAGAAGACAUAG